AUGGCAACAUCGACACCUGAAGAACUUGAUCGACAACUUGAUGAGUUUAUCGAUAAACUUGUCGAAGACAAAGAUCAUCUGCCAACCAAACAACUUGAUGAGGCUUUUUGGAAAGAUCUAGAACGACAGUUAUUCUUUCUUAAAGAAAUGUCAGAAGAUGGUGCUGAACUUCAUCCCGCUAUCGAAGCUUUACAAGCAUUGAAAUGGGACGAUGAAGAUGAUACACCUUUAGGUAGUAAAACUGUAUUUAAUAUAAACUAA